AUUGGCCACCACCUAUGCCAGGUCCUAAAUGGCGUUUAUGUUUCAAAUUGAUUUAUAUCUUAAAGGACCGAGUUAAAAAUUAGUUGUUUAUAUAAAGAAGUCGCUAAAAUUCCUAUAUAAGCUAGGUUUUCUUCUGAAGCAAGAACUAUUCCUUCUUUUCGAGAACGCUGUGUUCUUCCUAAUUAUAAAUGUUACAAAUUUGAUCGUGCAUAAUAUUGUAUAUGGUGGAUGAUACGCAGGUCAGUUUAAUGAGACAUGGUAAAUUGUUAACUGAAUCGGCGCCGCAGAAAUUACUGGAGAAAUUUCAAUCCUCGUCAUUGGAUGAAAUUUUCCUGAAAUUGUGCGAGGCACAGAAUGAUGCAGUCACUUUAAAUGAAGCUCAGAGAUCCAAUAUGCAAGACACUGGUAGCGAUGCCUUCAAUCACGAUGAAAACAAAUAUGAACAACUAAAAGGAAACAAAACGGAUUCGAAAAAACAAGUUUCACGAUUAAGAAGAUUCCAAGCUCUAUUUGUGAAGAACAGCAUCCAAAUUACCCGUUUGUAUUCAGCACUAAUUCUUGCAAUAUCAAUACCGAUAUUAAUAUGGGCUACAUUACUUUUGGCAAUUGGUAAUGAUCCACAGAACUUCAAUAUUGGGAUUGUUAACGAUGAAGCUGGCAAUUGCGACAGCAGCAACUUUGGCAAUAUUUGGAAUGAUGAAAUCAGCUGCCACUUCAGCAACCUCAGUUGUAGAUUCCUGAACAAUUUGGACGACUCCAUUGUGACACAGAAGUACUAUAACAAUAUUUCAGAGGCGAAAUAUGAUGUUCAAAGAGGAGAACUUCAUGGUAUAAUAUACUUUCAUCAAAAUUUUUCUGAAGCUCUAAAAAUACGAGUGGAACAUGUUACUUUCGCGAAGGAUUCCGAUCUUCUUGCUAGUCAGAUUCAAGUUUUCCAUGAUAUGAGCGAAAGGCCAAUUGCACUUUUGCUACAGAAACCUCUAUUUGAAUGGUUCUUAGACGUUUUCAAGGCUAUCAUGAGUGACUGUAAAUAUUUGCCAAAAUUGGCUACUCCACCGAUACGAUUUGAAGAUCCUAUAUAUGGUACUACUGAUUUAAAGUAUAUAGACUUCGUGAUACCAUCAAUUCUAUCACUAGUAAGCUUCUCUUUGGGCAAUGUAGUCUCUUCCAUCUUGAUAAUCACAGAUCGAGAGGAGGGUAUCUGGAAUCGAAGCUUAGUCCAAGGGGUAAAAGUAGAAGAAAUUCUGCUGUCUCACAUUGUGGUUGAGAGCAUCAUCACAAUUAUCCAUACCAUUACGGCAAUACUCAUAGUCUUCCCUAUAUGGGGUUUGGAAUAUAAAGGAUCAAUAUUCGUUAUAACCCUCCUUCUCUUUCUCACCGAGUUUUGUGGAACGAUGUGUGGUGAGUACUCCACUCUGUAUAUCAAAAAGCGUACAGCAGCAAUUUGGAAUUUAAUGAAAAUGUUGCGUGAGCAAUAGUAGAGAGCCCGCAGCCGAG